UCAGUCCUCACAGAUCGCAGAAGGCUAACCUGUUGAGGCCUGACUCGGACGUAUGAAGUUCGUGACAUUAUUCGCGAGACGCGAAGGCAAGUUGUUGUGAUAACCGGCGAGCGUCCGGGUUCCACACAACCAGCUUCCGUCACCUCCGACCAGAAUCCCAUCCCCUCAAACAACUGCAGUCACCAAAACAAUGGACUCAUCCGCCGCCUUCACCUCCGCCUCAACCUACCUCACCACCCACUCCAACCCCACCCUGCCCACCCCCACCCUCCUCAGCCUCUACGCCCUCUACAAAACCGCUACCAUCGGAGCAUGCAACACCCCUCGACCGGGCCUGCUGGAUUUUACGGGGAGGGCUAAAUGGGAUGCGUGGAAGAAGUUGGAGGGGAUGGGAAGGGAGGAGGCGAUGAGGGGGUAUGUGGAGAUUGUGGGGCGGGAGACGGGGUGGAGGGGUGACAGGGGUAGUCGGUCGGCGACCGAGACAUCGCCAGCGACUCCCGAAGUCUCGUCGUCGAAAGGCUCGGUGUUUGUAAGCACGAUGCAGAACGAUCGUGAGGACGUUGAUGACACCCACAAAACCAUCUUCCACCAUACCGAAGAAGGCGCCCUCUCCUCCGUUCGCGGCCUGCUCGCCACUACCCCCUCCCUCGCCGCCUCCCAGGACUCAAACGGGAUGACACCCCUACAUUGGGCGGCUGACCGCGGGCACGUCGAGAUCGUGCGGGUGUUGUUGGAGAAUGAUGCGACAGCUGUGAAUGGGAGGGAUGCGGAGGGGCUGACUGCUUUGCAUUAUGGUAGGUUUUGGGGUGGGGGUUGAAGGUAUUUGAGGUUAAUUGCUGAUUGUGAGGACUUUUAAUAGCGGUAUUGACGGAAAACACGGAAAUUAUCCACCUCCUUCUUGGGGCGGGCGCUGACCCGCGGGUGCAGGAUAAUGCGGGGC